GAAAACCACGACAAGAUGCCUACUCACUUGAGCAAGACCCGCAAGCAUCGCGGACACGUCUCCGCCGGUCACGGUCGUGUAGGAAAGCACCGCAAGCAUCCCGGUGGUCGAGGUCUCGCUGGUGGACAACAUCACCACAGGACGAACAUGGACAAGUACCAUCCGGGUUACUUUGGAAAGGUCGGAAUGAGAUACUUCCACAAGCAAGGAAACCACUUCUGGAAGCCAGUUAUCAAUCUUGAUAAGCUCUGGUCCCUUGUCCCCGCCGAGAAGCGCGAUGAAUACCUCUCCGGCAGCAAGAAAGACACCGUCCCCGUCCUCGAUCUCCUUCCCCUCGGCUACUCAAAAGUUCUCGGCAAGGGCAGAAUCCCAGAGGUCCCACUGGUUGUACGCGCAAGAUGGUUCAGCAAGGAGGCGGAGCGAAAGAUCACAGAGGCUGGUGGUGUCGUUGAGCUGGUUGCCUGAUUGAUUGCUUUUACUCAGCGUGGUAAAUCGAACUGAACGAAGGGUUGGGCUUGGGCUUUUCGAGCGGGAAAUGCAUGGCAUCGCAGAACUUGGUGGCUUUCAUUACGGCCAUGGGACUUCUUCAUAUGAAAUGAAAAGCACAAACUUCAAACCACAAUUGGGACCAGUGAGAUUGUCGUUGGUGGUGUUUUAAUAUCUUGUUUUUCGUGGUAUCUUAAUUUGCAAGCAGAGACCCAACAAUGCGAUCAUACAGCAAAGCAAUGCUAACUAUAUACAAUGAAC